AAGGGCGAGUAGGAAGAUCGCGAGGUUCCCGCUAAAGGGAACCAGACGCUUCACCUGACGUCACCCAGGGGUCGAGAUUCUGCCGUGGUCGACCUAUGCUAUAACGACCGAGCUCGCCGCCGCCGCCGCCAGCCUCUGUGUUCAUCGCCCUCGCUCCUGCGGGAGAUUCCAUGGAAUUUUCUGCAAGUAUUCAAAAAGCAUUUUCAACAGCGGAAGUCACUGGCGGAGGAUAUUCAGAAGUUAGAGAUCGCGAGGAACCAAUCAUGAGUGAUGAUGGACCACUCACUAAUGAACUACAUUUAUCAAAGCUUGGACGCUCGCAGUGGUGGAUUUUAGUCCUCGUCAAUAUUUUCUUCCUCAUCGCAGGACAAGCUGCUGCUGUUCUUCUCGGAAGAUUUUACUAUGAUCAGGGUGGAAAUAGUAAAUGGUUGGCAACACUUGUUCAGACCGCUGCUUUUCCAAUCCUUUUCAUCCCAUUAUACCUUAUACCAUCAUCACAGAAGGCUUCAGCUUCUCCUAGUCCACCUUCUUUCAGAAUUCUUGCCUCGGUCUACUUCUUCCUAGGAGUGCUCCUAGCUGGGGAUAACAUGUUAUACUCCACAGGCCUAUUAUACCUCUCUGCCUCUACAUACUCCCUUAUCUGUGCUACCCAGUUGGCAUUUAAUGCAAUUUUCUCGUAUUUCUUGAACUCUCAGAAGUUUACUGCGCUCAUUCUGAACUCUGUGGUUGUUCUUUCUUUAUCUGCGGCCCUCAUCGGUGUCAAUGAUCAUUCCGAGGGACCAUCUGGAGUUUCUAAGUGGAAGUAUAUCAUUGGCUUCUCAUGCACCCUUGGAGCUUCUGCAAUCUACUCUCUUUUGCUUUCCCUCAUGCAACUCUCUUUCCAGAAGGUCCUUAAGAAGGAAACGUUCUCAGUAGUUUUGGAGAUGCAGAUAUGGACAUCCCUGGUUGCUACCUGUGUUUCUGUUUUGGCUCUAUUUGCGAGUGGGGAAUGGAAGACCCUGCAUGGAGAGAUGGAGAGUUUUGGAGAGGGAAGAGCUUCUUAUGUGCUGACUCUGGUUUUCACAGCCGUGUGUUGGCAGGUCUGUUCAGUGGGUGUUGUGGGAUUGAUAUUCAUCGUGUCUUCUCUGUUUUCCAAUGUCAUCAGUACUGUUGGUUUGGCCGUUACUCCAGUUGCUUCAGUGAUAGUUUUUCACGACAAGAUGAACGGUGUCAAGGUGAUUGCCAUGCUUCUGGCUCUUUGGGGUUUCGCAUCCUACAUAUAUCAAAACUACCUCGAUGAUUCUAAAGCAAGGAGAAUGCAGCGCAACGUGGAUGGAACUCGUAAUGAUUCUGUCUGCAACGUGGACGAAACUCGUAAUGAUUCUGUGUGCUGAUUGUUUUCCUGUUGAUUGAUCUUGUAAAUAACUCUUCAAGUAUUGGGAUGGUUCCUCAUUACUGCUAGUGAAUUGUGGUUGGCAACGUUCUUGGAUUCGAGCAUUUUUGUUUCAUUCUGUAAUUCUGCUAUUUUCUGCACCUCACAGUGGGCUCUCAUUCCUCUUGGCAAGAUUGCCCAGUUGUAUUAUCUUUAGGGACCUUAUGAGUUAUGUAAACAAUUGGAUGGGACGGUUGAUAUUAA